AUGGCCCAGAUCACGCAGCCGACCGUAGACGUCGUCACGGCAACAGGGGCUCUUGAGCAGCCCACGUACAACGGCAAGCCCAACUAUAACGGCACCGGACAGCUGCUCAGGGGCUCCUGUAGGCAAACCGACUUCACAAGAGUCGAUGCUGGCAGCACUGUUUACUAUGCGGGCUUCAUGGGCUGCAUCAAGGACAGACCUGAGUGCUGCCCCUGGCCUGUGGCUACUGCAAUGACUUCGUCGCCUAGUGCCACCGCUGACGGGGCCCCAUCAAACGGUCAGGGCGGCGGCGAGUAUGACUUCCCGCAGCCUGUCAACAGCGUUCAAAGCCGACUGUCCACCUGCGCCGAAGACUACUACUCCAUCUCCGGAGGGUGUUGUCCCGUCGGAUUCUGGCUGUUCACGACGGCUGUCGGCGGAUUAACUCCAUGCUGGAGCUCUGUCAGCCACAUCGACCCUCCAACACUCACCGUUAGUAGUGACGACAAACCCAAGGGCAAACCCACGUCGGCCGUCGUCAACAUCGUCUGGUCCAUGCGGUUCGAGGUCGGCAGCUCUGGAGACGGCUUGUCAACCGCGGCCAAGGCAGGCAUCGGCGUCGGAGCGGGCAUCGCCGCCAUCCUCAUCGCGGGUCUCGCCAUCUGCCUGUGGAGACAACGCCGGAAGAACAAGAACCUGCCACGAGCCCAGCCGCCGAUGGCGGCCCCGCCCGCCCAGACGCAGCCUCCGCCGCAGCCGGCCUUCCAGCAACCGCAGAUGGUCCAGCAACCGCAGAUGCAACCCGGCGCGCCAAACACGCUGUACCCACCUGGCGCCUAUGCCAUGGGCACCUCGCCGGCGGCCAACAUGAUGGCGCCGCCGCCCUCCGACCCCGCCAGCACCGGCGCGAGCAUGACAGGCAGCUCGCCCGACCCGGCCUCCGUGGUGACCCAGCACACGGGCACCUCCAACGGCGGCAUCAGCGAGCUCAGCGCCCAGUCCGGCCAGACGCCCCUCCUGCAGCAGCAGAACGGCCGGCCGGGCAGCUACUUCCGUUCUUCUUCGGCCGCGGCGGCGGGGGCAGCGGCGGCAGCCGCAAACGGGCAGCAGCAGCAGCAGCAGCAGCAGCAGCAGCAGCAGUACCAGCAGCAGUACCAGCAGCAGCAGCAGCAAGGAUAUCCGGGGAAUGUUGCCGAGAUGAGCGCGCAGCGGGAGGCCGAUCCGGUGCAGGAGGUCGCGGGCAGCUAG